GUGAAGGGUUAACAGCUGGGAGGAUCCGAAGCGCUGGGCGGGUCCCGGCUGUUUGAUUCGGGGUGAGCGAGGAGACGGGGGAGGAACCUGCAAGUUGCGAAGGAGCGAGGCUGGAAGCAGGAGCGGCAGGAGGGGAGGGGGGUCGCCCACGCCCUGCCCCUGGGGUCCUGCCGGGGCAUAGCGGAUCCGCAGCCCUCCCGGGGGAGCAGCCGCCCCCAGCAGCAUCCGUCUGUCCCCGUGACUUGAGGAUGAACAGCCCCGAUCAAUGCCAAGGAGCCUGCGACGGCGUCCCCUGCAGGGCCCGGGGCCAGAAACGCCGCUGCAUGUCGGCUGUGGAGCAGGACUCCUGCCCCGGUGGCGACUCGGAGGCCGAUUGGGAGAUGGAGGAGGAGAAGGAGGACCGUUUCCUGGGUGUGCCGCUGCGGAGGUCGUGCAUGUCGAGGACCUCCUUCCGGGGACGGGACUCCUACCGGCGCCACAGCUGGGAGCCAGGCAAGAAGCUGCCGAGCGACCCGGACUACGACCAAAUGAGCGUGAGUUUGAAGGGCCUGGCACCUGAGGAACUCGACUCUGCUGAGGGGCAGUUGGACGGCUUCUCCCGACCCCGCAGGGACCCCCGCCGGGCCCCCAUCAUCCGCAGCAACGACGAGCUGGAGUCCCUGCUCUCGCAGGACGAGGAGGAGGAGGAGGAGGACCUGGAGCGGGCUCAGGAAGAUGCCAGGAGUCUGCAGGCCUAUCGGACCGGGCAGAACCCCGCCUCCAGCGCCCUCUCCAAGUGCGUUUCCCUGAGCGGCAUCGACCGCUUCCCGGAUGCGGAUGAAAUCUCCCUCUUCGCUUCUGGGAUGGACCUCGCCAAUGGCUUUAAUGCCGGGAGCUGCGGACAGCUGGACGCUGCCGGGGAGGCCGGAGACCAGGAGAACCAGCACCAGGAGGGAAGCCCUCUGGGACGAACCCUGAGCUUCUUCAUGAAGAUGACGGGCAAGUCGAAGAACAAAGAGAAAGAGAAGAUGAAGGAGGGCAAGGAGAAGGACGCCCGCUACACCAACGGCCACCUCUUCACCACCAUCACCGUCUCGGGCAUGACCAUGUGCUUUGCCUGCAACAAGAGCAUCACGGCCAAGGAGGCGCUCAUCUGCCCCACCUGCAAUGUCGCCAUUCACAACCGCUGCAAGGACACCCUGCCCAAUUGCACCAAGGUCAAGCAGAAGCAACAGAAAGCCGCUGCGCUGAAGAACAACUCGGCGCUGCAGAGCGUGUCCCUGCGGAACAAGACGACCACAAGGGAGCGUCCCAACUCGGCCAUCUACCCCGCCGAGAGCUUCCGCCAGACCCUGCUGGGCUCCCGCCGGGGGCGGCCCGCCCUGUCUCUCUCCAAAAGUGUCUCCACCACCAACAUCGCAGGGAACUUCAAUGACGAGUCUCCUCUGGGUCUCCGGCGCAUCCUAUCCCAGUCCACCGACUCCCUCAACAUGCGCAACCGGACGCUGUCGGUGGAGUCGCUGAUCGACGAAGGGGCCGAAGUCAUCUACAACCAGUUGAUGAGCACCUUCGAGACGGACGAGCAGGACUUCGCGGCCGACUCCUGGAGCCUGGCGGUCGACAACAACUACCUGCAGCAGCACAAGAAGGAGGUGAUGAAGCGCCAGGACGUCAUCUACGAGCUGAUCCAGACCGAGAUGCAUCACGUCCGCACCUUGAAGAUCAUGACCAACAUGUUCCGCAAGGGGAUGCUGGAGGACCUGCAGAUGGACCCGGCCCUGGUGCAGAGCGUGUUCCCCUGCGUGGACGAGCUGAGCGAGAUCCACGACCGCUUCCUCAUGCAGCUGCUGGAGCGGCGCAAGGAGUCGCUGGCCGCCGACAGCAACAAGAACUUCGUCAUCCACCGCCUGGGGGACGUCUUGAUCCAGCAGUUCUCCGGCCCCAGCGCCGAGCAGAUGAAAAAGGCCUAUACGGAGUUUUGCAGCCGGCACAACAAGGCCGUGAAGCUCUACAAGGAGCUGAUCGCCCGGGACAAAAGGUUCCAGCAGUUCAUACGGAGGCUGACCCGCUCCUCAGUGCUGCGCCGGCACGGGGUGCAGGAGUGCAUCCUGCUGGUCACCCAGAGGAUCACCAAGUACCCCGUCCUCAUCGACCGCAUCCUGCAGAACUCCAAAGGGAACGAGGUGGAUCAGCAGGACCUGAGCACGGCCCUGAUACUGGUCAAGGACCUGAUCUCGGCCAUCGACCAGGAGGUGCACCAGUCCGAGAAGAACGCGCGGCUGCAGGAGAUCUACGGGCGCGUGGACGGGCGGUCCAAGGCCCGGCUGGACUGGGAGGGCCACAGCGCCUCCUUCUGCAAAGACGAGUUGCUGCGCCGGAAGCUGGUGCACGACGGAUGCCUGCUGUGGAAGACAGCGGCCGGGCGCUUCAAAGAUGUCCUGGUGCUGCUGAUGACCGACGUCCUCAUUUUGCUCCAGGAGAAGGACCAGAAAUUCACCUUCCCUGCCCUGGACAAGCCGGCGGUGAUCUCCCUGCAGAACCUGAUCGUCCGGGACAUCGCCAACCAGGAGAAGGGCAUGUUCCUGAUCAGCGGCACCCCGCCGGAGAUGUACGAGGUCCACGCCGCCUCCCGCGACGACCGCAACACCUGGAUGAAGAUCAUCCAGCAAACCGUCCGCCUGUGCCCCAGUCGCCAGGAUUUCCCCCUGAUCGAGACUGAGAGCGAGGCCACCCUGCGCAAGCUGAAAGACCAGAUGGCGCAGCGGGACCAGGAGAUCACGGAGCUGCUGGAGGAGAAGGUGGAGCUGUUCGCGGAAAUGCUCAGCCUGCAGAGCGGCUGCGAGGACCCCCCAGCCUGCCCGACCCCCCGCACCCUUUUCCGGGCCGAGUCUUUGGACGGGCCCCGCGGAGAGAAGCUGCUCCACAAAGCCAUCCGCGAAGUGGAGUGUUUGAAGGAUCUCUUCGUGGGAGCCGUGAGGGACCGAGACCAGAACCACCCUGCUGAUCCCGACGGCGGCUCCGGCACCGGCUCUGACACCCCGAAUGGCGAGACCAGCAGCCUCAACGGCUCCCUGGAGUUCUGCAGGGCCGACUCCGACCAGCGGGAUGGGAAUGGUAACCAGCUGCAGCAGAAGGUACCCCAUGAGGAGGUGAUUCACCGGCUUGUGGCACUCUACGCCCUCCUCCAUGGCCUGCAGGCCGCCGUGGUUCAGCAGGACACCAUCCUGGAGCUGCAUCUCUACGACGGGGGCGGCCGGCAGGAGAAGCUGUCGCGCGCCAACUCCCGCAAGGGGGGGCUGGGGGACACGGCCGUGGCCAAGGCCCCGGAGAAGCAGGCCACGGAGCUGGCGCUGCUGCAAAGGCAGCACACCCUGCUCCAGGAGGAGCUGAGCCGGUGCCGCCAGCUGUGCCAGGAGAAGGUGCAGGAGGCCGGGGCGCUGGAGGCGCGGCUGCGGGAGAGCGAGCAGGAGCGGGCCCGGCUGGAGCGCGAGGCGGAGGAGGCCCGCAGGCAGGUGGCCGCCGGCGCUGCCGAGGCGGUGUGGGUCCGGAAGGGGGCGGAGCCUCGGAGGCGGAGCCUGCCCGCGGGGGACGCCCUGUAUCUCAGCUUCACCCCGCCCCAGCAGAGCCGAGGGAGCAACCACGGGAACCUAUUGCCAAGCGACCGUGCCUUAGGCGACUGCGGCGACGGCCCCGCCCAGCUGCAGGAGGGCGAUGAGGACUUUGAGGCGCUGUCUGAGGACGAGGGCGUGGCCAGCCAUCCGUCUCCGCCUCCCAGCCCUCGAGAUUUUACGAGGAUGCAGGACAUUCCCGAGGAGGUGGAGAGCAGCCAGGAGGUGAAGGACGGAGAGGGCGGUUCCUUGGACAGUUAGAGAGGGGCCCGACCCCCCCCCUACUCGUCCGCCCACCCAUUGCUAAGGGGUUGACGCUGCUGAGACAGAUUUUCCUGGCCAAAAGAGGGAAGAGACCCUGGGAAAAACUGCACCGAAUACAAACCAAAUUGUGGAGGGGGAGCAGGACCACGGCCCGGUUCCCGAGCUGCUCCAGGACAUUGGGCUCAUGGGAUGUUUUUUAACUCUUUGAUCCACAGCUCCUUUUUUAUUCCUUCCCCUGGGGAGGGGACGGCCGGUUUGCCGUGGCUUCCCAAGCCGAUUAAUUUAUUUAUUUUGUUUGUUGGGGCGGGAGGGACCGGAAGGGUUCAGAUUAUUUGCCGGCCCUUGGCUGGGAGCCGAUCAGACCUUGGGAGGAAGCCACAGGUGUCUGAUAUUCAGGGCAAACGUUAAUUUCCCCCGGCUGGUUCGGUCAGACGCCAGCCGGAUGAGUCCUCCCGUCUGGGUCCAUUCUCCGUGACGUUGCACGAAGCUCACACUAGAUGUGCCUGUGCGAAAACACACGCAAGCCAACACUAUAGGGGCACCCUGGCAGGUUGGGGUGAAGGAUUUAACCCUUCCGCUGGAGUGCCCAACAGCAAUAUCUGGAAGAUCCAGCAGUCAAAAGGGAUGUUCUGCUGGGAAGUCCAGCACUGAAUUGGUUAAUUAUGCAAGAUGUCGUUCACCCCAGUUGACUCGGAGUCGCCAUUGAGCCAGGACAAGUGCGAGCCACUCUGGGGAGGAGCCCGCAUGGUGUGUAACAUAAGGGAGGGAGCAAGGAACAGACCUCCCGCUGUAGCCUGCUCUGUUUUCAAUGAUCUCCAACGGCUGCCGGGCAGCAUCCCUUAAAGAUACAGCGAAUGGCCCCAAAUAGCAUCUCCGGGUAUUUAUAAGCGGUGGUUCUACUGGCCCUUUAAAAGAAACAAUUAAACCUAAAAGAGGCUCUCAAAUGUGAUGUUUAAAGGGAGGAUGGCGUGCGCGAGUUGGAAAUGAGGGCGAUCUCAUCAGGGUUCAGCCCUCUCCCAGAUUUUUUUGGGGCGAGGGGACACUGUUCCCUGUCCUGGGACUUCCCCUCCCGCCCCCUGAAAAACAGCUGAGCGCAAACAUCCCCCAAAUCCCAAGGCCUCCCAGACGUUGCCCCCUGCCUGCCGACGUGUGAAUGGCAAUUGGGGUUGGGGGCUGCCGGUGCGGUGGGGAUGGAAGAGGGGGAGCGUACGUAGCCUUGGCUACAUUGUUUGCUCCACAAAGGGAUCUGGGGUGUGUCAGAGGGCAGCAGAAAAGCGGGUGGUGGGAUCUUUGUACCAAAGCUGGAGUUCUUCGUAAUUAAAUAAAAUACAUAAAAAAAGUGUGGUGGGGAACAGUUUGGGGCUCUGUUUUUUCCCAGGGGGAUGAUUGACUUUGGGGUGUUGCCAUUUUCCGGGGAGUCCUCAACGGAGCCCUCCCUUAAAGGAGUCUGAUGGACAGACCAUCAGCCCCCUGAAAAAAUGCGGCCUCGUUACAUUUCAUUUUGGGGUGACUCCAAAAUCAAUUUGCAGAUGCACUAGGAACCACCGCAACAUCUUGGCCUUUGUGUUUAAAAUAUUCAGCUGAUCUGCUCCUGCUGGCUGGAUCUUAGGAGGAAAACAGGGAUUGGGGCAUGUUGAAAUAGUCCCGCAAGGUUUGAGGUUUUUAGAAAGUCUGACCACAGAAAAUCUUCUUUUUUUUAAAACGUCUGCUGGCCAAUAAAACCUAUUAAUAGAAGAUGUUGCUGCAAGGGAGGAAUUUUUUUUUUAAUUAACGCCAAAAAGAGUUUCAAUUGGUUUAUUGUUUCCUGUUGAUUUAACUGUACAAAAAAAAAAAAGAUAAUUAAAAAAUCAACCCCCGG